UCCGGGUUGCAGUUCCGGGUCAGCCGCUCUGCAGCUGGCCUCUGAAGCUGCCUGCCCUCGCUUUCCGGACUUGGCCAGCGGGUGGCCGUAAAUCGGCUCCCGAGCUACAUGGCUGAGGGAAACGCAGGGAACGACCAGAGGCAGAAUGAGGAAAUUGAAGCACUGUCAGCCAUUUAUGGCGAAGAAUGGUGUGUCGUGGAUGACCAUGCCAGAGUAUUUUGUAUUAGAAUUGGUGACGAUAAAGAUCAUCCCAAGUGGACAAUUUGCUUGCAGGUGAUGCUGCCGAAUGAAUACCCAGCUACAGCUCCACCUAUUUAUCAGUUGAAUGCUCCUUGGCUUAGAGGGCAAGAACGUGUGAAUAUAUCCAACAGCCUUGAGGAAAUAUAUAUUGACAAUAUUGGUGAAAGUAUUCUUUACCUGUGGGUGGAGAAAAUACGAGAUGUUUUAAUACGAAAAUCUCAGCUGGCAGAACCAGGCCCAGUCGUAGAGAAGAAAACUGAAGAGGAAGACAUUGAAUGUGAAGAUGACCUCUUUUUAGACUAUGACCCAGAGAACCUAUAUAGAGCACUUGAUUAUGACUUUGGUGAAAAUCAACCAGAAAUAGAAGAAUUACCUCCAAUUGAUCAUGGUAUUCCUAUUACAGACCGAAGAAGUACUUUUCAGGCACACUUGGCUCCAGUAGUUUGUCCUAAACAGGUGAAAAUGGUUCUUGCCAAGUUGUAUGAGAAUAAGAAAAUAGCUAGUGCUACUCACAACAUAUAUGCCUAUAGGAUCUAUUGUGAGGGUAAACAGACCUUCCUGCAGGACUGUGAGGAUGAUGGGGAAACAGCGGCUGGCGGACGUCUCCUCCAUCUCAUGGAGAUUUUGAAUGUAAGGAAUGUCAUGGUGGUAGUGUCACGCUGGUAUGGCGGGAUUCUGCUAGGACCAGAUCGCUUCAAACAUAUCAACAACUGUGCCAGAAACAUACUAGUGGAGAAGAACUAUAUCAGUUCACCUGAGGAAUCAUCUAAAGGCUUGGGAAAGAACAAAAAAGUAAAAAAGGAUAAGAAGAGGAGUGAACAUUAAUACUUGAAACUGCACGAAAGAUUACUCUGCCUAUAAAAUUACAUUCCGCAGUCAUCAAGGAUAUGUUGUACAGAGAGCGUAUCCCUGACUGCUCCACUCAGCUAGAUCAUCGUGGACACCAGCAUUAUCUUUUCUUCUUUGCUUUUAUCGUCUGCCAAAAAUAAGUUAUGAUAUAUUCGUGUGUGUUGUGAGCUUAUUUAGGAGAACUAGUUUGAACUUAAUCACUGUUUCAUCUGAUUUUAGGAAAGGAGCAGUUGCCCAGGGCAGUGCCUGAAUUAACUGUCCAUUUCAGUACAUGUCAAGUGCCUUUGUUAGGUGGGGAAGAAAUGUCUCCUGAGGAAAAUAAAUACCCGAUUUCUUGUCAUAGAGAUUCAUUCUCAUGUCCUAAAUGAAUAUUGCCUUUUAUUGCUCUUUAUGGCUUAUUGGAAUAGGAGCUCAUUGAAGAUUGAUUUUGGAGAGUUUUUUCAUGCAAUUUUGGUUCAUAAGUAUGUCACUUUUCAUUUUAUACUGUUCAUCAUUGAGUAAUAGAUGAAGUGAAAUCCAGGAGUACCCAUCUGCGGUUAUGUGCUGACCUGGUAAUUCAUCUACUAUAUUUGUUAGCCUAAGUGUUAUGCCUCAGUUUCUGUCACAAAUUGAUGAUUAUGAAAUACCACAAAGUGAUUUUCUAGUCUCUUUUUUGUUUAAUUCAUAUAAGUAAAACAGUGAACAUGGAAUAUCAGUAGGCUUUCUCCACCCCUGAAAUGUGUUCACGUAAUGUUCAGGUCUCCUAUAACAACCUGGAAGUACCUUUCUUGUGAUUUCAAAAAGAAGAGGAACACAUCUCUUGAUUGGAAAAACAAAGAAAUCCUUUUUUUCACCACUCUUAGCAAAUCUUCCUUUUUACUAGUAUUUUGUGUUUCAUCUGCAAGUUACUUUUAGGCCUCUAGGUAAUAAAUUAACCUUCAGGAUAUAAGAAGUCAUGAACUAUUUCAUUUCCAGUUUAAUUGCAAGUCGUUUUUAAAGGCUACCAAUUGGUCACAGAUGUGUCUGCAGUUUUCUUCCUACAGGAGAGAGCAAAAAUUAGGAGGCAGUUUGGGGGUCCUAGAGCAUAGGCAAAUAUUAUUCUUUUCCCCUAUGUUUUAUCUUUAAAAUAUCUAUUAUCCAGAUCCAAUAUUCUUACUUGGCAUUUUUAAUAAGAAUCUAAUAGCUUUACGUGAUGAUGUAUUUUAUGACAUGAAAUGUUACUUUUCAGCAUUUAACAUUGCAAAUCAUUAAGAGCCACAGGAUGACCAAUAUAUAUUUGGAGCACUUAAUUUCCAACAAAUGUGAAAUAUGUGCUACACUAACUAUUAAAGAAGUUAGAGGCCAUUUAUUAACAUUAAAGUAAUUUCACAAUUUUGACUUCAAACUUGUGACAGGUGAUAGAAAACAGUAAAAAUUUGAUGUUGCAGAAAAAGAAAUGCAAGUUAAUUUUUCUGCCACAUCAAAAAUAUUUUCCUUGCUGUUUAAUGCAGCAUUUGAGUUCUUACAGGAAACAUCAUUUAUACCUAUGAUCUCAUUUUUCGUUUCUUAAAAAAUCUUACUUUUUGCUUUUUAUAAAACUACUAGCCAUGUUUUUUUAAAUUAAAAAAUACUAGUUUUCUUUACUCAAAGUCAGUUAGCUGGUAACCUAAGAGUCAAAAUUCUCCAGUUUUGAAUCCUGAGUUAUUUUGUACUCUGCCUCUAGUGAAAAUGCUAGCUAAUGACUGCUUUUUAUUUCUUUUUUCUAUUUAGCAUUUCUCUAAAAUAGAAAUUUCCCCAUUCUCUAAACUAUAAUUUUCUACAACCAGAUCCAUUCUGUGGUGUAUUUUAUAGUAUAAACGCUCUAUAUAAAAAGCAGGUAGAAUCUACUUGUUAAAUGGGAAUAGCAGCAGCUGCAUCAGGAGUGUGCUGUGGAGGUGAGUAACCUAAAGCAGCCUAUGUGAAGAGAAGUGUAUCACACUAAUCGUAACCAAGGAAGAAGGGUAUAACACAAAUACUGUUUUCAGGGCAGGUGAAACAUUGGGAAGAGUACAUAACCCACCAUAGAGAUAACCAUUGUAAACAUUUGAUAUGUACAUUUAUUAUUUUUGUAUGCAUGAUUUUUGUAUAUAUGGCUAUUCUUUCCACAAAAAUGGUAUUAGGAUGUAUAUACUAUUUUAUAUGCUACAUAUUUCAUAUAGAGGUAUAUUGUUAACAUUUUUCCAUGUCAAUAAAUAUGGCUUCUAAUGGCUUAA